AUGGGAGACUGGAACUUGUUGGUCAGCAUUCUGGAGGAAGUCCACUUCCAUUCAACCCUAGUGGGGAAGAUCUGGCUGACCAUCCUGUUCAUAUUCCGGAUGCUGGUGCUUGGAGUGGCAGCAGAGGAGGUCUGGGAUGAUGAACAGUCAGCAUUUACCUGUAACACCCAACAGCCUGGCUGCAGCAACAUCUGCUAUGAUGGUGCUUUCCCCAUUUCUUUGAUCAGGUACUGGGUUUUACAGAUCAUCUUUGUAUCUUCUCCCUCUCUGGUAUACAUGGGUCAUGCACUUUAUAGACUCAGGGCCUUUGAAAAGGAGAGGCAGAGGAAGAAAGUACAACUUCGAGCCCAGCUGGAGGAACCUGAGAUUGACCAGGAGGAGUACCAAAAAAUACAAGGGGAACUGAGGAGAUUAGAGGAACAGAGGAAGGUACACAAGGCACCCCUGAAAGGAUGCCUGCUACGUACUUAUAUACUGCAUAUCUUGACCAGAUCUAUAUUGGAAGUAGGGUUCAUGAUAGGACAGUAUAUUCUCUAUGGGUUCCAAAUGCACCCCCUUUACAAAUGCAGUCAGUUUCCUUGUCCCAAUUCAGUGGACUGCUUUGUGUCCAGGCCCACAAAGAAAACCAUUUUCAUGUUGUUCAUGCAUAGCAUAGCAGCUAUCUCCUUGUUCCUUAACAUUUUGGAAAUAUUUCACCUGGGAAUCAGGAAAAUCAUGAAGGUAUUAUAUGGAGGGUCUAGCAGGGAGACUGAAAGGGGACCUUGCCACUCAAAUCGAAAUUCAGUGACCCAACCCUGUAUAACUCACUCUUUAUUGCAUGAGAGCAUUCCUUUGUUCCAGCCUGUUCAACACAUCUGGCCAGAGCAACAAGUAAUUGGAAUUGAUAACACAGAACAUAAGUCAGCUUGGCAACCCAAUCAGCACAACCAGACUGAGGGAGCACCUCCACCUAGCAAAAAGAACUGGUCCAGGAGGGAUCAGCAUCACAGAGUGCUCCAGUUCAGCUGUUGUCCCCAGGACCUUGACUGUUGCGUCCAACACUUUCAACCGUGCAAACAUCAGCACCACGGACAGCACCCACAAUCUUCCUUCAGCGGGGGGGCCAUUCUUUCCAGACCGCAGCUGUGCAACCUUGCCAAUUGUCCUUCGUGCACACUACAUCCUGGGGAGCAGCCCCAGAGUCUUUGGAAUCCAACCAGGUCCUCGAUAGACCUGAUGACUCACUGCAAGACCAGUAAGGACAGCGUGAGAGAGUGUUUUGACUCAGCAGAGGGAGAAUCUCAUCCAGGUAGCCGCAAAGCCAGCUUCCUAUUCAGAGUUUCAGAAAGCUCUGGUUCUCAGCAUAGCCCUGUCUGUGACGUCCAGCACUGGGGAGAUGACAGUGCCUCCAGCUCUCCACCUCUGCCUCCAGGCACUGGGCGCAGAAUGUCAAUGGCAAGUAAAGAUCAGCAGGCCACUGCUCAUGUGAACUAUAGCCUGCUUGUGUAGCUGUCACCACACCUGGGUGCUCUGAUGGUACCCCAAAUUCACACUUUCUCUAUUGU